GCAUGGGUUUUCUUUCUCUUUUGGAUUGCUUAUUUAACAGUAUUUGUGCUUAUUUUAUUGACUGAUUGAUUUUAUAUGUUUAUGUACUCAUUUUUUGAUGGAGCAGAUGGUAACCUUAGAAGAUGUGGUUGAGGAGAUUGUUGGAGAAAUCUUUUAUGAAAAUGAUUCAAAGAAGGAGAUCCAGAAGAAAAUUGGCUAUAUUGUAAUGAGAGCAGAGGGAGUAUAUGAUGUUGAUGCCAAUACAUCUAUUUAUUUGCCAUCUGAGGACUUGAAUAUCAAAAUGCCAGAGGAACAUCAGUAUGAGACAGUAUUUGGUUUUUUAUGCGAAGGAUUUGGAUACAUCCCUAAAGCUGGUGAAAGCAUCAAAGUUGUCCUCGAAAGGGAUAAUCAAGAUGAUGAUGAUGAUGAUGAUGAUGAUAAGCACGAUGAAGAUGGAUCCAAUCAUCAAGAUGUGAAGGCAUCAAAUAUAUAGACUUGAGGUAGGGUAAAAGCACUGAAUGGAUUUCAGUGAAAAAAAACUAGGAAAGGAAAAGCAUGUAGCUAGCAAUAAUGCAGUCUUUUCCAUGCGUAACUUUCUGAAAUGAAUGCUAUUAUGAGGGCAUGCAUUUGUUCAUGGAGGAAUCUGCUUUUAUAUUGCUCAUCCUGUGAGAUGCUUCAUUUGGUGGCUUAGUUUGCUAAAUUAAACUUAGCAACUGAUA